AUGACCGCUAGUCAGGACUUAGUUGUUGAAGUCCUGAGUUUAAGAGUUGCUGUUUCUGCCGUCGGACUUGUUGGGAAUGUUAUCCUCAUCCUCGCCAUCUUCCAAACGAAGCUCUCCCGAGUUAAAUCCUUUGAGUUGUUCCUCCUGGGACUAGCUGCAGCCAACUUGGAGGAAAUUGUCAUUGUGAACAUAUAUGAUAUUGUCAUCCUUCAGGUUGCCGCCACCAGCAUCGACCGUCGGUUGUGCCACUUGCUCAAGUUCCUGACAAUUUUUGGUGAAAUUUCCAGCAUCCUCUUCACUGUCCUCAUCAGCAUCUACCGCCAGCAGAAGCUAAGAGACGCCCACAAGAGGGUCAACCUCCCAAUCUACCUGGACAGAAUCGGGUCCGCCUGGAUGGUGAGUGGGCUUUGUGUGAUGCUCGCCGCCCUGCUGAGUCUACCCAUUUUUAUCAUAACCCCAGAAAGAGCUGUAGGAAACAGCACAGCAAACAGCAGCGGCUGCCCCCCAGACUUCUUUCAGUGCAGUAGUAAUCAUUGCCCCUUACUCAACAAGGUUUUCAAAUACCUGUUCAUCGUCAUGUGCAACCUGCUGCCUCUGAUCAUCGUUACAGUCGCCAGCUGCCUCAUCAUCACCGUGCUGCUGAACCAGAGGCAGACGGUGGCACCGGGGCUGAGCGUGAGCGGGUCGAGCCAGUUUGGGAGGAAGACUAAAGGUCCGAGGCUGCACAGGAGCACCAUAGCAGUGCUGGCAGCUAUGGGCUUGUUCCAGGUGGACUGGACUCUCUACCUUAUCUUGCAACUGACUGUUGACCCUUCUGAGUUUCCAUUGUGGGCUGAAACCGAAUUCUUUAUCUCAACUUCCUACACAUCCAUCAGUCCGUAUGUAUACGGGAUUGGGAAUAACCUGUUCUCUUGCAAGAACUUUCUAAAGAAGUAGCUUCUUUCUGUACAUG